AUGCGUUUCUCACGCGUGGUACCAGUCUUGCCUUUGGCAGCUGCCUUCGUCAUUACCGAACUGGCCCGGUUCGACAGCCUUGAUGUUGAAAAGGUUGGCAGGCCUUAUGUCGACAAAGCUCAGAAUGUUUUCGAUGACGCGAAGAAUGUGCUUGACAAUGCAUUCGAUGAAGUAAAGAAGGGUGCGAAUGAUGUUUACAACACGAUUCAUAAUGCUGGCUGCGAUGUAGAGUCGUGGUUGGAAGGCUCGCAAUUUGACGACAUUGACUUUGAGGAUUCGGAGGGAUCCGACUUCAACGACGACGAUGAAGAUUUCUUCUAUUGCAAGGGCAAGCACUGUGAUGAAGAUCCCCAUCAUCCUCCGCCUCCCCACCACGGGCCUCCUCAUCACGGACCGCCACACCACGGCAAGCCUCAUGACCCGCAUCACGAUGAUAAACCGACCCGAACCGUGUACGAGCUCAUCAAUGAGAGCAAGUACACUACCAAGCUUGCAAAGUGGAUCAACGAGUUCGACGACAUUGUUGAGCUCCUCAAUGGCACAACUGCCAACUUCACCGUCUUUGCGCCUACCGAUGAGGCUUUCGAGAAGAUCCCCGACCACGGCAAACACCCAAGUAAGGAGAUCCUGAAGAAGAUCCUCAGUUACCAUGUCAGCGGUGACUUCUACCCUGCUGGCCGUGUGCUCCACUCCUACACCAUCCCAACUCUGUACACGCCCAGCGAGAACCUCGGGCACGCCCAGCGUCUCACAGUCCGCGUUACGCUCAAGGGCCCCGCCAUCAACUUCUACAGCCGUAUCGUAGCGGUCGACAUCUUCGGCACCAACGGCGUUGUCCACGGCAUCGACUCCAUCCUCUUGCCUCCCCCCAGCGUCGCCUCCAUCAUCAACCUCCUCCCCGGCGAGUUCAGCACGCUUGAACUCGCCCUACAAAAGACCGACAUCUAUGACAAGAUGAACAGCACAGAGUAUCCCCACACCGGUGGCACUCUCUUCGCCCCUUCGAACUGGGCCUUCCAGAAGCUAGGUCCGCGCGUCAACGCCUUCUUGUUCUCAAAGUACGGCCAGAAGUACCUCAAGGCUCUGCUCGAGUAUCACAUUGUUGUCGACCAGACGCUGUACUCUGAUGCCUUUUUCGACGGAACAAAGGAUGAUGUGGUCGAUGACAAGGAUGCUCCACCUUAUUACCACUACGAUCUUCCUACUGUGCUGGAUGACAAGUACCUCGCUGUUGAUGUGGCUCGCUACGGACCCUUCAUUUCCAUUAGAAUCAACGGCUUCUCGCGCGUCACUGUGCAUGACGGUGUCGCCAAUGAUGGUGUUACUCAGGUCGUCUCUGAUGUUCUGAUCCCGCCCAAGAACGCCGCUGGUGCGCAGGUUUUCUGGAAGGGCGAGGAACUCGACGUUGAGGACCUCAAGGAGCGUCUUGAGCCUUAUCUCGAGGAGAACAUGGACUUGUAGGUAUGUAGCCGUCAUAUGGAUGGGUAGAUACCGUAUCCUUUGUCUUUGGGCUUCAUGCUGCAUUAGACGAUCGUCAUGAAAAGUCUCUUUCUCGUAUACCGACCUUGCCUUCAGGCGAAGCGUGCACCCUACUUCACACUAGCACGUAUACAACCUCUAGAUAACCAGAAUAUACAUGACUUUGAUGUACCGCAUGAUUCAUGAAAAGCAUGAUUCAUGAAAAUG